AUGACAAGCCUGCCUAAAAACAAAGCGCGGAAUGCCACAGUUGAGUCCUCUACCGUGACUCAUGAGGAGCACAUCCGGGUUGAAAGGGUUGAGUCUUACGUUUCUGAAGACCAAAUCUGGACUGUUGUUCAUGAAAACCACUUUCCUGACCAGAACAAGCUCAGCUUUAACGUUCGCGAUCUUUUAUCAGUCACUGGGAACAUCAUUGAUGAUGCAGCCAAUAACUCCAUCGUUGAUAAUAUUCUACAGCAGAUGUCAUCAUGUAAGGAUGGUGAACAAGUUUCCCUCCCUUUAAGGACUGAAGCAAUAUUUAAAAAGCUAAAAACGUUUUCAUGGGAAGCGAAGGCAGUGCUAACCCUAGCAGCCUUUGCUUUGGAAUAUGUGGAGAUUUCUGGCACCUUGCCCAGCACUAUGGCCAGUGUGACAAACUUACCAAUUAACCUGGACGAUCUUCUACACAACAACAAUCCAAAUGAUGUGCCUACAUUGACCACUGCAGGGAGGAAAAUCCCAACGGUAGUGUACUGGACAAUCUUCACUAUUGUAGCUUGUACGGAUGAGAUCAACCGUAUUACCAGUGUUAAGUACAACGACGAGCCAGACAAUCUACCCAAUCUUUACCUGGAGAAAAUCAAAGAAAUCGUCAAGGAGCUUAAGGAACAGUAUGACAGAUGCAUGAAAGAAAAAGCGGAGGCAUCUAAAGAACUUGUAAUCUGUGAUAACAUCACGAAGGUUAUCAGCACCUUGAUUCUUUACAACGAUACUGUCAAUCAGCAGCCCGUCAUUAGUUGUGAUUCUAAUAACACCAAGAUCGAUGGCAAUGCGUUUAUCAAUGAGGUGAAGGGGAAAUAUGUGUUGUUUUAUAUCUCGAGCCUGGAAAAUAUAUCGAAAGAACUUUUGCGUCUCACAAAUCUGUAUAAAAUAAUUGAUAAAGAGUAUAAAUGCAAGAUUGUGUGGAUCCCCAUUGACGGUGACUGGACGACUGAAGCCGAAAAAAAAGAGUUGCAGUUUAUGGAAUGGAGGAAGAUGAUGCCGUGGUACGCAGUGCAAUAUUUUCCCUCAGCAUCAUACAUGUACCUCAAGAAAGAGUGGAAAGUCAGGGAAAAUUCCACAGCGGUGUUGAUCAACCCCCAAGGAAAGGUUGAAAACACCAAUGCGCUUACCUUGAUUAAGGAAUUUGGUAUCGAUUUCUUUGCUUUCCUGGAUAUUCAAAUCCACACAAUGCUUAAGCCAGUAGUGGAACAUAUUAUAAGGGACGACUCCGUACUUAAACAAUCGAUGAAAAACCAAGGGUACAAUUUCUUCAUUGGAGGGAAAAACCAGAAAACGACCAUUGACUUGUUCGAGAAGAUAACAGAAGCAAAGGAUGCAAUUGAGACAGAACUGAAAAUGAAGAUUGGGUUAGCUCGUGUUCUAGAAAAAACGGAGACUGCCAAGACUUUCUGGGCCCGCAUGAAAAACCUCUUCUUUAGCUUGGCUCGCUAUAGCAAGGAGUAUGAGUACGAGCAGGUGACAAAAGAAGUCCACAAGCUACUUUCUUACAAAUUACACACAGACGAUAUGGACGGAUGGAUUAAGCUUACGAAAGGAUGGACCGUGGUGACCUGUGGUCAGGCUAACACUAUUUACACAACCCUAGAGAAAUUUUCCGUCUGGAAGCAACACAUAAAUGAUUUUGGGGAUGCUUUCACGAAGUACCAUGACAGUCUUAUAACUUAG